GGCCUGUGCCGGCGGACGGACCGACGGUCUGUUGGGGGAACACGGAGUGAGGGGAGCGGAUACCGGUGCUCCACGGCCGUCCUCACCGUCCGCACCUAAUAUCGCGGCCUCGGCGGCCCGGCCCGACCUGGCACAGCCAUGUCGGGGCUCUUGGGGAAACUGUUCGGGACGGGCGCCGGCGGGAAGGGCGCCGGGAAGGGCCCGUCCCCGCAGGAGGCGAUCCAUCGGCUCCGCGAUACGGAGGAGAUGCUCAGCAAGAAGCAGGAGUUCCUAGAGAAGAAGAUCGAGCAGGAGCUGGCGGCCGCCCGCAAGCACGGCACCAAGAACAAGCGGGCUGCUCUUCAGGCCCUAAAGCGCAAGAAGAGGUAUGAGAAGCAGCUGGCACAGAUAGAUGGCACCUUGUCCACAAUUGAAUUCCAGAGGGAAGCCCUGGAGAAUGCCAACACCAACACUGAAGUGCUGAAGAACAUGGGCUUUGCUGCCAAAGCUAUGAAAGCUGCUCAUGACAACAUGGAUAUUGAUAAAGUAGAUGAAUUAAUGCAGGACAUUGCAGAACAGCAAGAGCUGGCAGAUGAGAUUUCAACAGCCAUCUCGAAGCCAGUUGGCUUUGGGGAGGAAUUUGAUGAGGAUGAACUCAUGGCAGAAUUAGAGGAACUAGAACAAGAAGAACUAGACAAAAACUUGCUGGAAUUAAGUGGUCCUGAGACAGUACCACUACCAAAUGUGCCCUCAAUAUCAAUACCAUCAAAGCCAGCCAAGAAGAAAGAGGAAGAAGAGGAUGAUGACAUGAAAGAGCUGGAAGCUUGGGCAGGAACCAUGUAACCAACAACCAGAAAUGGCUGGCAAAUAAAACACCCCAACCAACCA